AUGUCCCCACAAAGAGUUGCUCUUGUUAUGGGCGCAUCGCGUGGAAUCGGCCGCCAAAUCGCCAUCGACCUGGCCCAGGACGGUCACGCCGUAAUGCUGGCGGCAAAAACUACAUCGGAUGCAUCCAAAACCAGCCCAUUCCCGCCAGAUCCCAAUUCCCCGCAAUCAACCAUCAACACCGUAGAGCGCGAGAUCCGCGAGGCCGGUGGUUGCGCCGCAACCGUUGCCGUGGACGUGCGCGACGUAGCACAGAUUCAGCACGCAGUCGACGAAACCGUGCGGGUCUUCGGGAAGCUGGAUGUCCUGGUGUACAAUUCCGGGGCUAUCUGGUGGUCAUCGGUGGAGAAGACACCGCUGAAGCGAUUCCGACUCAUGCAGCAGGUGAAUCCGGAAGGACUGUAUGCCACCGUCCAGAUGGCUCUACCGCAUUUUGAGAAGAACGGUUGGAGAGGUCGGAUUGUGGUGGUUUCGCCGCCUAUUUACUCGCGGUUCUUUCGGGGGAAGACGGCUUAUGCGAUGGCGAAGAAUCGUCUGACCGGUGGCACAGGCAAGGUCGGCAUGAGUGUCUUGGUGAAGGGCCUGGCCAUGGAUUUUGUGCGCCAGAACCGGACAGAAAUGGCUAUAACAAGCGUCUGGCCUGCCUCAACUAUUGAGUCAGCCGCAACGGAACACAACCGAGCCUCAGACCCAUCAUGCAGGAAGGACCUGAGAAAAGCAAAAGUCUUCUCCGAUGCCAUCUUGGCUAUGAUCCACGCACCGCCAGCCACAGUGAAUGGUGUCUUGGACACCGACGAAGACUUUCUGCGGGAACACUGCGGCGUGUCUGAUUUCUCUGAGUAUUCCGUGAUCCCGGGGUCAACGCCGCGCCGGAUUAUGCCGGCGAAGUUCCCGACGCUAGAGGUUGCUGAGCAGAAUGACGAGGGACAGAGGAUGGAUAGUACGAAGGUCAAGGCGAAGAUAUAG